AUGAAAGUAUCCGAUGAUCGCGCUUCGUCUACAAUUUUUUUUAAAUUUUUACAACUUCUAGAAGCGUCUGCUUCCUGUGUGGAUGAUACCGCAUCCGCUGAGGAUAAAGAGGACGAAGACUUCCCAACUGCUGAGGAUACCGAACCACCAGCACAACCUACACAACAGAUAGAGGUAGAACUCAUGGCGCUUUGCAAACAACGUGAUGCCCUGUUGCACCAGUUGGCGGAGGCCCGAGCUCGUGAGUUUCAGACAAUCGGUAGUAUCUCCGCUGCUCAAGAAAAGCUCAAUGGCAUUUCAGGAUUUCUCGCCGCGCAUGGCAAGGCCUCAAGCUCCGAACCACCGGCACCCGUGGAUCUGCCUCCUGUCUCCUUCGGUGACUUAGCUGCGGUAUCCAACUCGUCUGACAUAAAUCUAGGAAAACAUGUUUGA